CCAGACUUCUUCAUUGCACAAAGGAAUAACCUCAACCAAAUUCCAAAGACUGGUGACAUCCAGUGGAAGCGGUAGGAACUGAAAACUCAUUUUUUAAAAUAUAAAUAUGAACUUUAUCAAACAAAACAUACAUGUAUUGUGUAACAUGAAGUCCUAUGAGUGUCAUCUGAUGAAGAUCAUCAAAGGUUAGUGAUUCAUUUUAUCUCUAUUUCUGCUUUUUUUGACUCCUCACUUUGGCUGGAAAAAAUGGCUGUGUUUUUCUGUUGCUUGGUGGUGCCCUAACAUAAUCCUUUGUGGUGCUUUCGCUGUAAAUCCUUUUUGAAAUCUGACACUGUGGCUGGAUUAACGAGAAUUUUAUCUUUCAAAUGGUGUAACAUACCUGUAUGCUUGAGGAAUUUUAAUUAUGAGAUUUUUGUUGUUUUGCCCUGCACUUUCACUGGCUGUUGCGGGGGUGGGGGUUCCUAGACAGUUUAAACAUCUCUAGAGACAAUCUCAUCAUUACUCAAUGCCUAGGUUUACUUCCAAUGUACUCACAUCCUACCAUACCUCUGUCUGUACUUUAUGCCUUGAAUCUAUUAUCUCUCGCCCAGAAACCUACUCCUUUUACUCUCUGCUCUGAACGCACUAGAUGACCAGUCCUGAUAGCCUUUAGCCGUACUCUUAUCCUACUCCUCCUCUGUUGAUGAUGGUGAUGCAGAGGUUAAUCCAGGCCCUGCAGUGCCAAGCUCCACUCCUACUCCUCAGGUGCUCUCAUUUUUAAACUUCUUUAACCGUAAAAGCCUUGGUUUCAUGCAUGUUAACAUUAUAAGCCUCCUGCCUAAGUUUGUUUUAUUCAUUGCUUUAGCACACUCUGCCAACCCUGAUGUUCUAGCUAUGUCUGAAUCCUGGAUUAGGAAGACCACCAAAAACCCUGAAAUUUCCAUCCCUAACAUGAACAUUUUCCGACAAUAUAGAACUGCCAAAGGGGGAGGUGUUGCAAUUUACUGCAGAGAUAGCAUGCAGAGUUCUGUCUUACUAUCCAGGUCUGUACCCAAACAAUUCGGGCUUCUACUUUUAAAAAUCCACCUUUCCAGAAACAAGUCUCUCAUCGUUGCCGCUUGCUAUAGACCAUCCUCUGCCCCCAGCUGUGCCCUGGACCCCAUACGUGAAUUGAUUGCCCCCCAUCUAUCUUCAGAGCUCAUGCUGCUAGGUUAACUAAACUGUGACAUGCUUAACACCCUGGCCAUGCUACAAACUAAGAUUGAUGCCCUCAAUCUCACACAAAUUAUCUAUCAAUGAAUCCACCAGGUACAACCCCAAAUCCGUAAACACGGGCACCGUCAUAGAUAUCAUCCUAACCAACUUGUCCUCCAAAUACACCUUUUCUGUUUUCAAACAAGAUCUCAGCGAUCACUGCCUCAUUCCCUGCAUCUGUAAUGGGUCUGCGGUCCAACGAUCACCCCUCAUCACUGUCAAACACUCCCUGAAACACUUCAUCGAGCAGGCCUUUCUAAUCGAUCUGGCCCGGAUAUCCUGGAAGGAUAUUGUCCUCAUUCCGUCAGUACAGGAUGCCUGGUUAUUCUUCAGAAGUGCCUUCCUCACCAUCUUAAAUAAGCAUGCCCCAUUCAAAAACUGUAGAACCAGGAACAGAUAUAGCUCUUGAUUCUCUCCAGACCUGACUGUCCUUAUCCAGCACAAAAACAUCCUGUGGCAUUCUGCAUUAGCAUUGAACAGCCCCCGUGAUAUGCAAUUUUUCAGGGAAGUUAGGAACAAAUAUUCACAGGCAGUUAGGAAAGCAAAGGCUAACUUUUUCAAGCAGAAAUUUGCAUCCAGUAUCACAAACUCAAAAAAGUUCUGGGACACUGUAAAGUCCAUGGAGAAUAAGAGCACCUCCUCCCAGCUGCCCACUGCACUGAGGCUGGGCAACACAGUAACCACCAAUAAAUCCACUAUAAUUGAGAAUUUCAAUAAUAAUUUUUCUACGGCUGGCCAUGCUUUCCACCUGGCUAUCCCUACCCCGAUCAAAAGCCCUUCACCCCCCACAGCAACUCGCCUAAGGCUCUCCCACUUCUCCUUCACCCAAAUCCAGACAGCUGAUGCUCUGAAAGAGCUGCAAAAUAUUGACCCCUACAAAUCAGCCGGGCUAGACAAUCUGGACCCACUCUUUCUUAAAAAUAUCUGCCAAAAUUGUUGCAGCCCCUAUUACUAAAAUGUCCAACCUCUCUUUCGUAUCAUCUGUGGUUCCCACAGACUGUAAAGCUGCCGCGGUCAUCCCCUUCUUUAAAGGGUGAGACACUCUAUACCCAAACGGCUACAGACCUAUAUCUAUUCUACCCUGCCUUUCAAAGAUCUUUGAAAGCUAAGUUAACAUACAGAUUACCGACCAUUUAGAAUCCCACCAUACCUUCUCCGCUAUGCAGCCACUCCUCAGUAAAAGGCACAAGACAGCCCGCUUGGAAUUUGCCAAAAGGCACCUAAAGACUCUCAGAUCAUGAGAAACAAGAUUCUCUGGUCUGAUGAAACCAAGACUGAACUCUUUGGCCUGAAUGCCAAUUGUCACAUCUGGAGGAAACCUGGCACCAUCCCUACAAUGAAGCACGGUGGUAGCACCAUCGUGCUGUGGUGAUGUUUUUCAGCAGCAGGGACUGAUAGACUGGUCAGGUUUGAGGUAAAAAUGAAAGGAGCAAAGUAAAGAGAGAUCCUUGAUGAAAACCUGCUCCAGAGCACUCAGGAUCUCAGACUGGGGUUAAGGUUUACCUUCCAACAGGACAACGACCCUAAGCACACAGCCAAGACAACGCAGGAGUGGCUUCGUGACAAGUCUCUGAAUGUCCUUGAAUGGCCCAGCCAGGACCAAGACUUGAACCUGAUGGAACAUCUCUGGGGAGACCUGAAAAUAGCUAUGCAGCAACGCUCGUCAUCCAACCUGACAACGCUUGGGAGGAUAUGUAGAGAAGAGUGGGAGAAACUCCCCAAAUACAGGUGUGACAAGGUUGUAGCGUCGUACCAAGAAGACUCAAGGCUGUAAUCGCUGCAAAAGGUGCUUCUACAAAGUACUGAGUACAAGGUCUGAAUACUUUUACAUUUUUUAUACAUCUGCAAAAAUGUCUGAAAACCUGUUUUUGCUGCUUUGUCAUUAUGGGGUAUUGUGUGUAGAUUGAUGAGGGGGAAAAACUAUUUAAUCCAUUUUAGAAUGGAAUAAAAGUCAUGGGGUCUGAAUAGUUUCCGAAUGUAGAUUAAGCCUAGUCAUGGACUAAGCUCUUUCUGUCACGUCUACUCCUGUGUUCGCCGUCGCUGGUAUACAUAACACCGGUCCUGGGAUCCAUUAUUACGCACACCUGGCAUCAAUCAUUAAGCGCACCUGUACGUCUAUCAUGAGGCACACCAGUACCUCUCCUAUACCUGGCACUCCCUUAGGAUCCUUCCCCAGUCAGUAUUGUUCCUGUGUUCAUGCGUAGAUCCUACUGUUAUGUUGUUCCGUUCCAUGUUUGUUGUUUUAUUAAACGUUUCACCUGCACCUGCUUCUCAACUCACAGCGUCUUCGUUACACAUUCAAUGUAAAAACUCUACUGAGAAUGUUUUGAAUCGUGGUCUUGGAUAUAUUGCAUCACUGAGCAAUAUCUCGUUGUAAUGUAGGCCAACAAAUUAGUGCACUCCAUAAAUCUUUAGAUUGCCUACAGUACAUGGCUGAAAACGGAUGGAAACGUUCAACAGGAAGUGAUGCAAGUCUUUCCCCUAACCAAUCAAGUCAUUCUUAGAUUUUAAACAUCCCACAAUUCUUUUCAUUUUGUCAGUCAGUCAUUCAUAGUAACAAAGAAAAACAGUUGUUAAAGCUACAGUCAGUCCGUAUCAAGAUGAUCACAAUCUGCCUUCUUUGGGGACUUCUCUCUCAAGUGUACCUGAUUCAGGCUGAAGAUGCUCCUCAACCAAUACCAGUGACUACUCGUCUAUUUGGAGACAAUAUAUCUUUGCCAUGUCCUAAAGAAGAAUCUCAACAAUUCCUGUACUGGUACAGACAAACUGUUGGCCAACUGCCCCAUCUUGUCGCAUCUGUGUCCUAUGCAUCAGAACCUGUACUUAAUGGAGAGUUUAAGAACCCACGUUUCAAAGUGGAGACAUCUGAAUAUGUGUAUAAUCUCAUUAUCAGAAAUAUCAGCACAUUAGAUGAGGCAACAUACUUUUGUGGAAUUGGGACAAUGUAUGGGAUGAACUAUGGACAUGCAACAUUUUUGGCUGUGAAGGGACACAAUCACCCUACAUUGGUGCAGCAACCAGUUUCUGAUCCAGUCCAUCCAGGAGACUCUGUGAUUCUACAGUGUACAGUACUCUCUGAGACCUGUACAGGAGAACACAGUGUGUACUGGUUCAGAGCCAGAUCAGGAGAAUCCCAUCCAGGAGUCAUUUACACCCCUGGGAACUUGAGUGAUGCGUGUAAGAAGAACCCUGAGACUCCCUCUCCUACACAUAGCUGUGUCUACAGCCUCUCCAAGAACAACCUCAGUCUCUCUGAUGCUGGGACUUACUACUGUGCUGUGGCCACAUGUGGGGAGAUCCUGUUUGGCAACGGAACAAACCUAAAUAUUGAAAGAUCACUGGAUCAUGUAGUCAUUGGACUGGGAGUGACAUCAGUUUUCUGUGUGAUUGUGAUCAUUAUACUCGUCUUCAGCAGAAAUACAAAGCCAAUUUCUGAACAUUAUAAAGUGAGUGUUGCUCAGCAUAUUAGACAUGACAACUCAACCACUGAAUAUGAUCAGGAUCAAGACCUAGAUACCCUGAAUUAUGCUGCAUUGCAUUUCUCUGAGAGGAAAACUAAAAGAGGAAGAAAGAAGAGAGAGACACCACAGGAGAGUGUGUACUCUGAUGUCAGAGUAGACUGGGACUGAACAUUGUUUUUAUGUGCAGAGGAAUGGAUGUAGUUUGGUCAAUAAACUUUUCUUAAUAUAUAAUGUAUUUAAACAGUCAUGAUAUUUGACCCUUAAUGAUACAGUGACAUUUUCUGUCAAGCAAGACAGUGGCAGAAUUUUCCCUAUACCCAUCAUGAGGUUAUUAGAACCUAGCCUAUGAAUGAAAGUUUACAAAAUAGGUGCACACAAGUCCAGAUAAAGAUUUGAGGUGACAGACACUGACACAUGGACAGAAAGGGACAAUACCGUCUUGCACACUUUUGCCUGCAUCUAGCUGAUCUAGUGUGUCAUCAUUAGUCCAACAGUUACAAACUGGAAAAAUUCAGGUAUAUUUAUUACCUGAAUUUAUUAUAGUUUCGUUCCGUUUGCUUCCGUUGAAGAUUUGUUUUAACAGAAUCUGAGGAAUGAAUACACCACCGUUCACACUCAAACAGCUCACUUUCAUAACCACAUACAAACAGCUUGUUGUAUUCCUUCUCGCAUCUACGCUCUCUCCUCCUCUCACCUUUUAGCUUCGCUUAUGGACUUCAAUGCACAACACAUCAGCUGUCUGUGACCAGGUGAAAAAACCUUUCCAAACCGAUCCUUCAUGUCAUAGCCGCUACAUACAGCACACAUCGUUGUCAUCAUAUUAGUUAAAGUAACGUCAUAGUCAGCAUAGCUAAUAGAACUAACAAGAUAUUUAACCCGCUACAAUGAUGCAGUAAAAUGUACAGUCAGUGAGCAGAUUAGCACUUACACCAAAUUAGUAAAACCAAAAGCUUACAUUUACUUGAAAGAGUUCCAAUUUUGCAUAGUUAAAGCCAGCUAACUAACAUAGCAUCCCUCUGUUUGAGCUGGGUGUUUGAGUAGCCAAAACUAGCUAGCUGCAUUUGCUAGCUAAGUAAGUGAAAGUGAAAGUGAAAAAAAUACCAAAUAUAUCUCUCUCUCUCUCUCCCAAUCCUCAUUCAUUUUUUAUGAAAUUCACUGAGAACUGUCCUCCCCUUCCUCCUCUGAGGAGCCUCCACUGAUGUAGGAAGCUAAUUAUUCUAGGAGCUUCUCUGUCAGAGCACCACUGUUAUGGAACGGCUUGUCCUGUCAGGUAGGAGGCCAGAAACCAUUGAGGACUUUAAAUCACUCCUGAGAAACCCAGUUUUUUUGUUUGGCCUUUAAUCUGUGAUUGUAUUGUUAUUUUAGACUUCCUUAGUGAUUCUAUGUCAUCCUCUUGUAUUGUAUCUCUUGUAUAUCAGCCCUUUGCUUAGACAUACUGUUUAACUGUGAGCCAACUCAGUGGCAGUGUGCUUAGUGUCCUACCUGAGAUAAGAAGGUUGAGGGUUUGAUCCCCGAUCGAGUCACACCAAUUACUCUAAAAAUGGGACCGGAUGCCUCUCUGCUUGGCACUCAGUAUAAAGGAGACGGAUUGGGUUAAGUGUCCUGUCCAGGAGGUGACCUUGUACAUCAAGCUGCAUUCCACUAUAGAAUCAGGAGAUAGGCUCCUGACGCUAUGAGGCAUUCUGUCUCGAACAAGGAUGAAUUACUUUCCUAAUGUUAUAUUGUAAAGUUUGAUCAGCCCCCAUAAAGUUGAUCAGCCCCAAUUUGAAGUCAUUUUUCUCUAUUUGCAAUAAUGUAUAAUUGUAUUAUGGUUCUAUUUUUAUUGUUUUAAUAAUUCUUCCUAAAUGUAUUAUUGUUGUGGUAUUUACUGUAACCCAUUAA